ACUAAAGUGUGACUGAUAAAUAUGUAUUUUUACUGUGACUCUUUAAUGAACAUCCAUUUCAAUAGUAAAUUUGAUCCUUUUAUCCAAAGUGAUUUGCAUUGCAUUGAAGAUUUACAUUUAACAUUAUGUAAUAAACCACAUGAGUUGAGAGACUGCAUACAAACACACGUUAUAAAGCUCAAUGAGAGUAGCAGUAUACUGUAACAGAUGAAGAUGAGCUGCUCCAGUCGCGCGCGCAGUGUCAUGAGCCCAUCAUCAUCAUCAGCCGCGGGUCAAACCCCGCCCGACAUCAGGAUCCAGACGAGCGGAAUAAUCCAGAAGCAGCUUCAGCACGUGCUGACGUCACAAUCAGUCAUUAUCAAUAGAGAAGAACCGUUUCAGUCUCGUGUGUACAAAGAUAAAGAGAUCCUUAAAUUCAUCUUUCAUUCGCUCCUGAGCAUGCGCCGUGUUUUCUGCAGCUGUCAAUCAAACUGAUUCUGUUUCCGGAUUUAGCCGUUUUUACCGGAAACUGAGCAUAUUAAUCGAUGAUCUAAUAAUGAUUAUCAUCGGAUAUUUGAACUUGACCAACAUGAUGAUGAUGAUUACAGGCAGUGUCCGUAAAUAAAGACUUUAAGAUCAUGAUUCGACAGACAUUAUUCACAUCUUCCUUGUCAAAUACGAUUAUCUGUCAGUCUCACGCUAAACAUCAUUAAUACAUCUCUGUUAAAUGACCGUUGUACCGUGUUAGUGACUUUAGUGUCAUUGUUAUUUAACGUUUCGCCUUAAAAGGGAUCGUCCGGUGAAUUCAGCUGCGCGUUUAUUCCGUGUGUGUCGGUAACCGAGAUCUUAAAGCUGUUUGUAAUUCUACAGUGAAACGAUUUGAGAGAGAAAACUGACCGACAUCUUCAUCUUCUUCAUCACCGACAGCAGCUCGUUCAGCGGCUCUUCACAUCACCGGACCGCGUGUUUUAUCCGCAUGAAGAACCGAAUCCGCUCGUGAGUUUAAAAUGAUCGAGUGUGCGACUUCUGACAUGUAAAUGGCGUCUAAAGUGCGUGAUGCAGUUCUGUGGUACCAGAAGAAGAUCGGGGCGUACGAUCAGCAGAUAUGGGAGAAAUCGGUAGAACAGCGCGAGAUCAAGUUUAUUAGACGGGGUCUGAGGAACAAGCCGAAGAAGACGGGUCACGUGAAGCCCGACCUGAUUGAUGUGGAUCUGGUCAGAGGUUCUGCGUUUGCGAAGGCGAAGCCCGAGAGUCCAUGGACAUCUCUGACCCGGAAGGGCAUCGUCCGUGUGGUUCUCUUCCCGUUCUUCUUCCGCUGGUGGAUUCGGGUGACGUCCAGAGGCGUGUUUUACCUGCUGCUGGCGCUCUACCUGCUGCAAGUGUUUGCGGCUCUGUUGUUCUUCAGUAUCUCCAGUGUUCAUGGUGUUCCAGUGACGGAGGUGUUUAGCUCCUUCUGGCUGAUGUUGCUGUUAGGAACCGUUCACUGUCAGAUCGUCUCCACACACACACCCAAAACCAGCAGCAGCGGGAAGAGACGCAGGAAGUUGAGAAAAGCGGCUCAUUUGGAGAUUCAUAGAGAAGGCGACGGCUCUAGCACUACUGAUAACACGCAGGAGUGGGCGCCGCACGGCUCUGUGUCUGCCGGCACUCGUGGCUUCACAUCUUUCCUCAGAGAUUUCUGCUGUGAUCUCUUUAAAGCGGGGUCUAAAAGGUCGAAGCUGUCGAUGGAUAAAUUUACAGAGACGGAUAACGGUUAUGUGUCUCUGGAUGGUCGAGUCACCAGUAAAAGCAGCGAGGAGUGUUUACAGCUGCACGAACCGCACUGCGACCUGCUGCGACCCGACGGCACGUGCUGGAACCUGCAGCACACCAGAAACAACCUGAAACUGCCGCCUACAGGACAGUGUCUGUCAGAGGCUGCGGUUCCUCGUGGUGUGGAGAACAUUUCAGAUGAAGCGUCCAGUGAGGAAGAUCCAGAUAACUACAGAUCCGUCCGCAACAAGACCAGCGACUGCACACUGCGCAACAGAAAAGCCCAUCAUUACAAGAAACACACUUACACGACUGAGGAGACGCUGAAGUCCGGCACCAGCUGCAGUUCCCGCUGUUCCAGCUCGCGGACGCAGGAUUCGGAGAGCGCGCGUCACGAGUCGGAGACUGAAGACGUGUUGUGGGAAGAUUUCCUGCACUGUGCCGAGUGUCGCUCGUCCUGCACCAGUGAGACGGACCCGGACGGAUCGGCCGUCUGUUCCUCCUCCAAGAAAGAGUUCAGAGACGAUCCGUUCCAUCAGGGUCACGCACCAUGGCUACACAGUUCAAACCCCGGAUUGGAGCGAGUCAGCGCCAUCGUGUGGGAGGGAAACGAGUGCAAGAAAGCCGACAUGUCUGUGCUGGAGAUCAGCGGAAUGAUCAUGAACAGAGUGAAUCUGUACACUCCGGGGAUCGGCUAUCAGAUCUUUGGGAAUCUGGUGUCUGUGGCUCUGGGUUUGACUCCAUUUGCGUUCAGAAUGUUCCAGUAUAAAGAUGCAGAGCAGCUGUCGUCGCUGUCGGCCGUUGAGGUCGUGUCCAUUGCCUUCGGGUCCUCAGGUGACAUCCUGGUGAUCAUCAUGGUGACCGUGAGCUGUGUGGUGCGUGUGUGUCUCAUCUGGCUGUUCUUCUUCCUGCUCAGUGUCGCAGAGAGAACAUACAAGCAGCGGCUGCUGUUUGCUAAGCUGUUCGGUCACUUGACGUCGGCGCGGAGAGCCCGAAAAUCUGAAGUGCCUCAUUUCCGUCUGAAGAAGGUUCAGAAUAUAAAGAUGUGGCUGUCGCUGCGUUCUUACCUGAAGCGACGGGGUCCUCAGCGAUCAGUGGACGUGAUCGUGUCAUCUGCAUUUCUUCUGACUCUGUCUGUGGUGUUCAUCUGCUGCGCUCAGUUGCUGCACGUUCACGAGACGUUUCUGGAGUUUCAUUAUAACUGGGAACUGAUGAUCUGGUGCGCGUCACUGUCGCUGUAUCUGCUGCGAUUCAUUACACUCGGAUCGGAGACCAGCAAGAAAUACAGCAACACCUCCAUAUUACUCACAGAACAGAUUAAUUUGUACCUGAAAAUGGAGAAGAAACCAAAUAAGAAAGAAGAGCUGACACUCGUGAACAACGUUCUCAAACUGGCCACUAAAUUAUUAAAGGAGUUGGAUGCUCCAUUUCGUCUGUACGGUCUGACCAUGAACCCUCUGCUGUACAACAUCACUCAGGUGGUCAUUCUCUCAGCUGUGUCAGGGGUCAUCAGUGACCUGUUGGGCUUCAACCUAAAGCUGUGGAAGAUUAAAUCAUGACAUCAGACUGCAGAUUUCAGCUUCAUGAAGCGACGAUGUUUGCCCUCAUCAGGGCGUCCUGACAAUGAAUUCUGACCCUGAGGACGUAUCGAGUGCUUACGUUACAUUUCACUUGUGCAAUUCACUUAUUUAUUUGACCCUUUCAUUAUUUUAUUCUCAAGUAUUUCUUUUAGCUGUUACAAUUGUUUUUAGUAUUUUGACUGUGGAUGAGACGUUCUCAUAGGAAAGAGAUUCCAGCUGUGACGUCAACAUUCACACACGCGUGUUUCUUUUAUUUACUGUCGCAGCAGAUAUUUAAGAUCAUCUGCACAUCGAGAGUGAUUCAAUGAAACCAAAAGAUCAAAGAGAAACUGACACACACACUCUCACACACACACACUCACACCGCUGGAAUUAUCUAAAGAUAGCGCUGACAUUCACGACGAGAUUGUUUGAGAGUUUCAGCAAUAACUGUCAGUGAGUUUCUGCUUCAAACGAAAGUGUCUGUAGAUGAUUUUGGUGCUUCAGAUGUCGUCUGUAUCCGACACACACUCCAUGGGUCUGUUUAAAUGAGUGUGUGUGUGUUUUCUCAGUAAUGUCCCGCUGCAGUAGGAACACAUCAGAUUUAUGUGCACUUUAAACUAGAAAACGUUACAUGUUACAAUGUCAAAAGCGUCUGUGGACAGUCAGCAAUACGACCAAAGUGUUACGUUUUGUAUUUCUGGAAAUGAAUGUAUUUGGCAGAGACUUGUUAAACUUUGGUUCGUAAAGCGGAUUGACGGAGUUACUUUCUAGUGUGUGUGUGGGAUUUUUGUGUUUGGUUUGAAUUCAAAUAGACGCUUGCGUUUCUGUAUUUAUGGAGGGAGAAUGUUACAUAAACACUAUUUGAGGAAAAAGAGAGAAUAUUUUGUUUUAGUUUCUGAAGAGUUGUAUUUGAAAAUGUCUGAAGUUUCUUGGCAUGUUUAAUUUCUUAAUUUCCGCAGACAGAAUGAAGGUUUGAGCAGAUUGUGUUUCAUACUCUGUGUUGCUGUAGAAAAUAAAUCUCUCAUGACAACAA